CCGACUCCUUCCUGUGGGGGAAGACGCUUCAUCCGGCUUCCCACUCGAGUUUUACUGGGGCGACGCACGUCUUUCUCCACUGCGACUGAAACAAUCAUAUUUCAACGAAAAUGGACGCGGGAUUCUUCCGCGGUACGAGUGCGGAGCAAGACAACCGCUUCAGCAACAAGCAGAAAAAACUGCUGAAGCAGCUGAAAUUUGCAGAAUGCCUGGACAAGAAGGUGGACAUGACCAAAGUGAACCUAGAAGUCAUCAAACCAUGGAUUACUCAACGUGUGACUGAGAUUCUGGGGUUUGAGGAUGAUGUGGUCAUUGAGUUCAUAUUCAACCAACUUGAAGAGAAGCACCCUGAUAGCAAGAUGAUGCAGAUCAACCUGACGGGGUUCCUCAAUGGGAAGAAUGCCAGAGAAUUCAUGAAAGACUUGUGGCCCCUGCUUUUGAGUGCUCAGGAGAACAUUGCUGGCAUCCCUUCUGCUUUUCUGGAACAAAAGAAAGAAGAAAUCCGACAGAGACAGAUUGAACAGGAGAAGCUUGCUUCCUUGAAGAAGGUAGACCAGGACAAAAAGGACAAGGACACAAGAGAAAGGACUCGAUCAAAGAGCCCAAGAAGAUGGAAGACAAGGUCACCUGGGAAGCGUGAAAGGAAACGCAGUCCAUCGCGAUCCCCAGUGCGCAAACCCAGCCCAGUUAGUGGGGACUCUCCCCCUCUGCCUCUGAUGCAGUCGAACACUAAAACUUCACAGCCGCCCGAGGAGCCAGAUACAUCAGGAACAGGCCUGCCAGAGACAGUUAUUCAAGAAGCUUCGUCUACAGGGUUAAUUGAUACAGUUGUAGAGUCAGUUAAAGCAGACUCUGUAGCCGAAGUCAAAGAACCAUCGCCAGAAAAACCUCUUAAGAAAGAGGAAAGACCAAGAUCUCGUGAAAGGGAAAAAGACACGAGGAGGGAGAGACCCCACCACCGCUCUCGCUCACGUUCUCACUCUCGUUCCCGCAGACGACGCUCCCGGUCUAGAUCCUACUCUCCUCGUAGAAGACCAAGUCCCAGAAGGAGAAUGUCUCCACGUCGAAGGAGUCCCCCUAGACGUGGCCCCACUGGCGCCAGACAGAGACACAGGCGGUCUCCUGUUCACAGGAGGCGCUCCCGUUCUGCUUCAUCAUCUGGUAGCAGCUCCUCAGGGUCACGUUCACCUAAAAAACCUGUAAAAAGAAUAUCUACCACACCACCCCGAAAACAAGUCCAUCGUCCUGACACAUCUGUGAGCCCCGUUGGAAAAGACAAACGCUCACCAUCUCCUCGAGCCAGGAGAGGCAGGGGCUCUCCUUCUCCCCCCAGAUCAUCAGGAGUGAAGCGAAAACCUGGAGGAAGGGGUAAUUCUCCACCUGAUUUUGCUAAGGCCAGAACUUCUGAAGGAUCUGAGUCAGAGGAGGAUAAAAAUGAAAAAGGGGCAACAGCAGAUUCGGUGCAGCAACGACGUCAGUAUCGCAGGCAGAAUCAACAGUCUUCUUCAGAUUCAGGAUCUUCCUCCUCAGAAGAUGAAGGACCAAAGAAGUCAACAACAAGGCCUGGUGCUAGAAAUGGCGAAGUAAGGAGGAAACGCAGCCGUACACCCUCUCCUCGUAGACGACAUAGGGAUCCCUCCCCAAGGAGGCGACGUUCUCCAUCUCCUGGACGUAGGCGCCGCACUCCUUCUCCUCCACGGCGUCGUAGAUCUCCCUCCCCUCCUAGACGCAGGUCUCCUUCUCCACCUCCCCGUCGUAGGUCUCUGUCCCCCAGACGCUAUUCUCCUCCUAUCCAGCGUCGCUACAGCCCCUCACCUUUGCCUCCACAGAAGAGGAAGAUGUCUAGUUCACCCACAAAACGCUUUUCUCCAGGCCCCAAGCGACGGCCCUCCAGGUCACCUAAACGUAGAAGCUCUCCCACUCAGCGGAGACGGUCUCCUCCCUCCUCUACAUCUCCCCCGAGACACAGGAGGAGCCCACCUUCUGCCAGGCCAGGCAGGGAUACUCGAUCCCCUGUUGGAUCUGCCAGACGCCUCUCCCCAUCACCUGCAAACCGCGGUCGCCCUGUUAGGCGAUCCACUAGUCCUAAGAGACGCUUUGAUUCCUCCAGCACGUCUCCCUCCAACCAGCGGCGACAGCAGUCCCCUCCACACAGCAGUAAGCUCAUCCGUAGGGUGUCUCGCACCCCAGAGCCACGUAACAAAAGAAUCUCUCCCAGUCCAAAGCCUAUAAGGAGAGCAUCAUCCAGAUCACUUUCCCCUCAGCCUGCAGCUCAGAAACAUCCAGCCUCUGCAUCUCCUCCACCUUCCCGAUCUGCGAGUGGGUCACCACCACCACCCCCAGCCAAAAAGGCUAGUAGUGGUUCUGGCAGUCAGUCGCCAAGCAAGAAUUCAGAUGUUGAUGGUGGUGGCAAGAAGAAGAAGAAGAAGAAGGAAAAGAAACAUAAGAAAGAUAAGAAGCACAAAAAGCACAAGAAGCAUAAGAAGGAGAAAAGCAGCGCCGUUGUGACCGGUGACAUUCAGGAGAGCCGGGCUGCAGAAGAUGACGGUGAUUCCAGAAAGAUUUGAUGAUUUUGUGCAGGAAUCUGAGAGCGAAGUUGACGACAGCUUAGAUGAUCUGGAAAAGCACCUCAGAGAAAAAGCACUGCGCUCGAUGAGGAAGGCCCAGAUGUCUCCAUCAGAGAUGUCCUGAGAACAAGAAACUUUUGAGUUUUCCUUUCACUUUUGAUGUUUGUCAUCAUCUUAGGUUCAGCUUUAGAAUGUACAAAUUGUUGAUUCAUGAAUCUCGUUUCUUUUUACAGGUUUGGUACAUUCUGGAGAGUGUGUUUCUUUAAUAAAUUGAUCCAUUUGAUAGUUUAUCUAAACUGUAAAACUUGUUGUCAAUACUUUGAGAAAUCCUUUAAUUUCAGAGGUUUGAGUUGGGCAGGUUGAUGGUAUAUGUUGAUGUAAAGUAGGUCAUUUGAGAAAUGAUUGCAUGUUCAGUGAGUGUGUCUGAUGUGCAUGGACCACUGACCAUAUGAAGAGGGUAGGGAAAUAACACCAUACAAUACGUUACUGUUUCUAAUGCCUUCUACUAGUGGAAGCUGUGUCACAGCCGUGUGCACCUAAAGAGGCUUUAACAAAACAUCCUGUUUCAUAUUCUAACUUAACGGAGGAUUAACCUGCUUUAUUCUGACUUAUAUGAAAAUUUGAAGCAAUUUGAUGUGAUACAGGCUUUAUUUCUUUUUCUGAGCUGAUUAAUAUGCAAUUUAUGUUGAUACCCCUGAACUGAGCUAAUUUCUGUGGGACUGCUAUAGUGUACGAUUUGUAUUUAGUAACCUUUUCUCCAGUCAUCCUGUCAUCCUUUCAGAAUUAAAACUUUUUUUAAGACA